UGCUUAUCGACACAGUGUGAUAUCAGCCCGGCGUCAGUAUAAGCAUAACUAACCACAAUUUCCAGCUCUUCACAUGCUUACCCGGCCUGCGACGAUGUAUCCGACGAAGCCUGAAGAGUAUGCUCGCCACCCUGUCCCUUCCAUUCCCGAAUGGGAGCAGCUCUGGGCUGUUUGGGACAAGGUCACGAGACAGAUGAUUCCCGAUGAGGAAUUGUUGGAGAAACCAAUCAAGCUGAGAAAUGCUUGUAUCUUCUAUCUUGGCCACAUUCCGACCUUUUUCGACAUCAAGAUCAAUGAAGCCACGGGACUUGGACUCACGGAGCCCAGCUACUUUACGAAGAUUUUUGAACGAGGCAUCGACCCGGAUGUGGACAACCCUGAGCACUGCCAUGCUCACAGCGAAAUCCCGGACGAAUGGCCAGCACUGGAGACGAUUUUGAAGUAUCAGCAGGACGUUCGUAGUCGCGUGCGUGAUCUCUACGAGACUGGCCGUGUCUACGAGGACAACUGGGCCGGACGAGCCAUGUGGCUUGGCUUCGAGCAUGAAGUGAUGCAUCUAGAGACUCUGCUCUACAUAGCGCUGCAGAGCGACAAGACGAACGCUCCUGAUGGCACUGUCAAAGCAGAUUUUGAGCAGUUGGCUGCCAAGGCUAAGCGAGAUGCCGUGCCAAAUGAGUGGUUCACCAUCCCUGAGCAGACUGUGACGAUUGGUCUUGAAGACGCUGAUACUCCUGAAGGACCUGUGCGUCAUUUUGGCUGGGAUGUCGAGAAGCCCUCCUACACUACCAACGUCCACAGCUUCCAGGCUGCUGCUCGCCCUAUCACCAACGAGGAAUAUGCGCGGUACAUGCUUGCCAAAGACGUCCAGCAGAUUCCGGCUUCAUGGACCACUCAGAGUAAACGCGACAGUGCUAUUAAUGGGCACACCAACGUCGUUAAUGGCCAUGCCAACGGCGAUGCGGAGUUCGACCACUUCCUGGAGGGCAAAUUUGUUCGCACCUUCUAUGGUCCGGUUGCGCUGAAGUAUGCCCUUGACUGGCCAUGCUCCGCAUCCUACGACGAGCUCAACGGCUGCGCGCAAUACAUGGGCGGCCGAAUCCCAACAAUGGAGGAAGCCCGCAGCAUCUACGAGUACGCCGCUCAUCUCAAGAAGAAAGAAGCAGACAAAGCUCAAGGCAAAACAAUCCCAGCCGUCAACAGCCACCUUGUCAACGAGGGCGUCGAGGAGUCCCCACCAUCCUCGUCUUCCGUCAACGGGUCCAGCAGCGAUGCUGCAGACCCAUACAAGAGCCGUGAGCUCUUUGUCGACCUCGGCGACGCCAAUGUGGGCUUCAAGUACUGGCAUCCUUUGCCAGUAACCCAGAAUGGCGGUCGUUUGGCAGGUCAUGCGGAGAUGGGAGGACUCUGGGAGUGGACGAGCUCCCAGCUGGAGAAGAGGAAGGGAUUUGAGGCGAUGAAGUUGUACCCGGCGUACAGUGCAGAUUUCUAUGACGGAAAGCAUUAUGUUGUACUGGGUGGGUCGUGGGCGACCCAUCCUAGGUUCGCGGGGAGGAAGUCGGUGGUCAAUUGGUACCAGCGCAACUACCCAUAUGUGUGGGCUGGUGCGAGACUCGUGAAGGACAUUUAGGAUCUGUGAGACGAGCCUCAACUGGCCGAGAAGGUCUGACCUCUGCGGUGUGUUGAUCUUAUUUGAUUUCCAAAUUUUGGAUUCUGCGAGAUGGAUUGCACGAUUUGAUGCGUUUGAGCUCUGCUCGACCACUUUCGUUGGAGAAAAAAGACUUGCGGCUGCUGCCUGCGAGCACACAAAAUAACAAUGUAACGGCC